UGAUCCAAAACCAAAACAACCCGACCCACCUGCAAACUUCGCACAGCACCCGAUGCAACGGCGAGGGGAGCGACGCUGAUGGCUUCCUCGGCUCCCCUGGCAGCAGCGCCGCAUCCUCCUCCUCCUCCUCCUCCUCCCGCUGCUUCGUUCGCCGUCCGGGCGGCCGAGUCCGCUCACCACCGCCUCUACGAGUUCGCCAAGACCGCCCUCAUCAAGAUCUUCGCCUUUCCCUACGCCACCGUUUGCGACCUCUACUGCGGUGGCGGAGCGAACACCGACAAGUGGGACGACGCCCAGAUCGGCCACUACAUCGGAGUCGAUGCCUCGUUGUCCGGCAUUAGCGAAGCCCGCGACAUGUGGGAGGGCCAGCGGAAGCCUUACACCGCCGAGUUCUGCGAGUUGGAUCCUUCCGUGGAAAAUUUAGACUCGUAUUUGCAUGACAAGGGUACCCCAGCAGACAUCGUAUGUUGUUUGCAGCAUUUGCAGUCAUGCUUUGAGAGUGAGGAGAAAGUAAGGAGUCUUUUGAGAAAUGUUUCAUCAUUGCUUAGACCAGGGGGAUAUUUUUUCGGUAUAACUCCUGACUCAUCUACCAUAUGGGCAAAAUAUCAGAAGAAUGUUGAAGCUUGCCACAAUAAGGGAAUUGGUAUGAAGCCGAACGCUGUCCCAAGUUGCAUCCGCUCAGAGAACUAUGUUAUUACAUUUGAAGUUGAGGAAGAAAAGUUUCCUUUGUUUGGGAAAAAGUAUCAGUUGAAAUUUGCUAAUGAUAUGACUUCAGAAACUCAUUGCUUAGUCCACUUUCCAAGCCUGAUUAGGCUGGCCAGAGAUGCAGGUUUGGAAUAUGUGGAGAUACAAAACUUAGCUGAAUUUUAUGAUGAUAACAGAACACAGUUUGCCGGAAUGCUCUUCAGCUAUGGUGCAAAUUUUGUGGAUCCUCGAGGGAAGCUUCUUGCUCGUUCCUUUGAUUUGCUAGGUUUGUAUUCCACUUUUGUAUUUCAGAAGCCCGACCCAGAUGUCGUCCCACCCGUCGUGACCCCUAUGUUGCUUGAUGGAAAUUACACUCAUGAAGAACAGCACGAAUGGUUAGGGGGCAGCUGGAGACAGCCGGCUCCUACAGAAGAAGAUAGAAAUGGGCAAACAGACACGAACCUUGUUCCCGGCACCGUCCUUGGAGAGCAUGACAAGGGCAUCCUAGGCCCUGGACCAGCUGAUCUCCGAUUUCCAGACCCAUUAUAGGUUUGUCUUGUUUGGCUGGUGGCAUGUGUUUCUGGUUCGACCAUCGCAUCUAUACCCUGUAAAUCUGCGUCAGAAAAUAUGGUGCCUGAAUGUUACUACCACUAUCCAACAAUACUAAAUAUGUGCAUCGAGUAAACCGAGUUUUAAAAUUCUUGAAGCAAGAAAUGUGAUGUACAUGAAGUUCA